AUGGUUUUAAUUGAUGCACUUUUUAAUGGAAAAACCACCGAACCAUGUUGGUUUAAAAUAAUCCGCAUUGUUGCUGCGUUUGGAUUGUUAAUUGCAAUUUUACUUUAUGCAUCUAUUCAAUUACUUAGUAUACUAAGCAAAGAAUUUACCAUUGUAAUAACAGAAGAGGUUAUCCCUCCAACAAUGCCAGUCUUAAAAAGAAAAUUAGCGAAACGAUAUGUCUCACUUUCAGGAAUUCCUUUAUCACAAAAAGUAUCAAAUCGACGCAAUAACUCUACGUUAGAAGAUCGUGUACAAAUGUUGGAGACAAUGUUGCAAGAUUACUACCUUGACAAUUACCAGUGGGAGCUUUUGAGAAAAAGUGUAUUGAAAUACGACAAACUCCAAUACCAAUAUGACCAAAUGAUGAAUUCUCAACAUCAAAAAUUAGUUGAUUCAGAAUCCGACAACGAUAUU